AGAGAAUCCGUCAGUGGUACUGUCAGCGCAGGAUGCUUUAAAAGCUCUUGAAAAGGUGGAACGUUUUGUUUUUAAAGGGAUCUAAUUCUGGGUUCAAUGCAUUUGACACUGGUUUCCAGUAAUGAGGUGGCUCCUGCCCUGGAUUCUAGUCAUACUAAUAGCAGUCAGCAUUCCUCAGGCACGUGCCCAGAAUUCGACUGCCAUGCCCCCCGUGACCGCAGUAACCGAGCAGUUUAACCGAACAGAGUACUGCAAGUGGCCAUGCAAGUGUCCAAAGAUCCCACCGCGCUGCUCCGCAGGGGUCAGUCUGGUGCAGGACGGCUGCGACUGCUGCAAAGCCUGCGCCAAGCAGGUGGGGGAGAAAUGCAACGAGGCCGACACCUGCGACUUCCACAAGGGAUUGUACUGUGACUAUAGCAUGGACAAGCCUAGGUACGAAGUAGGAGUGUGUGCACAUGUGGUCGGGGUCGGGUGUGAGGAUAACGGAGUGAUUUAUCGAAACGGGCAGAGCUUCCAGCCCAACUGCAAGUACAAGUGCAUGUGUGUCAACGGGGCCAUUGGGUGCAUGCCUGUGUGCAGAGACUCUCGCCCGCCCCUCGUCUGGUGUCAGAACCCCAAGAGGGUUAAAGUCCCUGGGAAGUGCUGUGAGCAAUGGAUCUGUGACGAGUCUAAGAAAGUCAGGAAGACAUCCCCCCGGCACGUCUCCUUAGAUGCAGAUGAAAGCGAGGUUUGGCAUAAGAACUGUGUAUCACAGACCACUCCCUGGAGCCUAUGCUCAAAAACGUGUGGAACAGGCCUCUCGAUGAGAGUGACGAACGCCAAUGACCAGUGCGAGCUGGUGAAUGAGAGGCGGCUGUGCAACAUCCGACCCUGUGAGGUCGACAUCACCAGGCACAUCAAGCCUGAGAAGAAAUGUCUGAAUGUGUACAGAGAGGAUGAACCGAAGAACUUGACCAUAUCAGGGUGCAUCAGUAAAAAGACAUACAGGCCAAAGUACUGUGGGGUCUGCACAGACAACCGGUGCUGCAUUCCAUACAAGUCAAAGACUGUCGAGGUCCAGUUCGAGUGCCCCAAUGGAGCCUUGUUUUCCUGGCCAGUGAUGUGGAUCAAUGCUUGCUUUUGCAACUUGAGCUGUAAAAACCCCAAUGACAUUUUUGCAGACUUGGAGCACUAUUAUGAUCGCUCUGAAAUUGGAAACUAAGAAGAAGAGGUUUGCGAUGUUAAACCCGCCCAGCCAUCUGAGUGAAAUCCAUCAGAUUAGCCCUGCAGUAGUGAAAGACAACUCUAGCUGUUGACCCCUAGAACUGGGAUACACUUACUGUAUAUAAGGUUUAAAUUAUUGUUUUUUCACAUUGCUGGUUAAAUCCUGGAGAGAUUGUAAAGAAACCUCUUUAUUCUAAAAAGGGGGGAGGAUAUAUCUAAAACUGACCUGUUCCUAUUCGAAGGGGUGCAUUAGUAUUAUGGAACGAUGUUAAUGACGUUGUCCUAGGCAGGACAGAGUAACUGCUUUAGGUAUUGCCUGUUGGUACUAUGUAGCAAACCAGUUAUGGGCCCACUCAUGCUAGUGCUCUUGCUACUCUUCUUAUUUCCUUUACCCUAACAGUGUGUUUAUGCUGUAGACAUUCCACACACAUUGAACUUUUAAUGACAGCAUGUGUUCCAAUAGGUAACACCAAAAUUAUUUGUUUACAUAAAUCUUCAAUGAUCUUUACUUCACGUAGGGACUAUUCAAUUGAUCUGAACCGUUAAUAGUCAAAUAAUUUAAAAGAAGAGGGCUUUGACAAAACCAGCGUCUCCAGCAGUGUGUGUCUGGUUUUCUUAAGUGUAGUUUUUUUGUCAUUAAAAGUAAGUAAAUGCUAGCGGAAUUUAGAUCUCCCACUGUUUAGGUCAAUGGAAUAAAGACAUUUCCUCCACGUAUUAUUGUAAGCCACAUUUUGAGUACCGAGAGCAAUUAUAGAGGGGUGUGGGCUGCAGCCGGUUGGUUAUGUGCACAUAUGCAUAAUUACAUAUACAAUAUACAGGUUUGUUAAAACCACCCAAGGUUUAAAGUUGUAUAGUGUUUGUCCACCAGAGGGUGCCUUUUGUGCAUAGUUAAUUUAACAUUUUACUGCUAGUGUUUAAAUUAGCCACAGUACAGCCCAUACACAAACACCAUUUACUUACAGGCCUCUGUGAAUAUAAACGUUCUGUUGAAGCUGAAAAAGGAACCCAUGGACACCCCAUCUUUUGAGUCAAUGUAUACGAUUUUGUAAAAGAGUAAUUUUGAUUGUAAAAUAAGAAAACCAAAACUCACCAGAAACUAAAAAAUGUGGCAACAUGAGUUAAGUGAGAAAAUGAUUUUAAAAAAUAUAAAAAAAAUUAUUUGCCAUGGUGACAACUGUUUAGCCCUGUUAAUCCCACCAUACCAAAUAUUUUUAAAGAGACGUUUUAAGUCAUCUCACUGUGAUAGGUUGUAUAGAAACAGUCAGUCUUUUUCUGUUUUAGUAGAUGAUUUAUUCCAUGCAAGAUCACUUGCACAAACAAUUCUCCGGGAUUGGCUAAAGGCAAGCGGUUUCCGGUAACACUGGAAUGUAAAAUACAGGAGUGAGGGGCACCGGGAGACAGUCGUCCUUGUUUAUUCUCGUAUACUGGGCUUAACACUCAGCAGUUGUGGAAGAAAUAGUAUUAGUAUGGCAAGGGUUGAUGGAUAUACAGUCCCUCUCUUUCCUAUGCAAUUUUGCUGUUUUAUAUUCAAUGAAAUAACAUUUGUGAUGUGUGUCACAUUACAGUAAAGCAUUGGUGUCAGUUUGACAGGCUGGUCUGUUUGUAAUACUGUACUUGGGACCACAUGUUAUCUGGUCUUCAGUCAAAGGGAAAUUUGCAUACUUAAUAUAUCAUAGGCACUUUUUUUCUAGUUUAAAGUUCAUACUACAGUAUCUCAGCUCCUACACACUACUUUUUCAUUAGCAUUUAUGGACCAGUUUGUUUUAAACCACAGACUCCAGCUAUUCUUUUAUACGUGCUUUAAGUGUCACAGUUCAUUUUAUAUAAAAUUAAAGUAUUGUUAAUGCCACCUCUGCAUUAUGAUCCACACAUCUGUUUGUACAAAUCACUGCCCUAUAAUUGCUUUUUGAAAAAAGUCUCUUUGUCCCUUUUGUGUAUAAAUACAAAUGGUCGAUUUUGACAUAUACAGUACUCAGAAAGAACGUAGUAAAGAUACAGUUCUGAAAACACCUGUCUAUUGGAUAAGUUCCACUCUCACACAGCAUGUGAUCACAGGCUAAAAUUGUUUUAGCUCAAAAAAUAUUUAAGGCAGAAUUAUUGAUGGAUACAGUAGCCCAUCUAUGUAGAUGAAUGGUAAAUACAUUUUUACUGUUAAACUUUUCCCCUUAGCCACAAUGUUUUCAGCAUCUCAGAAACCAGACCAUCUGAAGUGUUUAAAGUUCUAGUUUUAAUUAUACUGUAUGUUUAUGCAUAAUACACAGCCAGUAGAAUGCUUAACUGUAAUCCAAGAUAUUUGUUUUCCAAAAAUCAGGGAUACAUAGUAUAUAAAGAAUGCUUUAUGAAAAGUAUAUUUAAUACUAUAUAAAGUCAAUAUAAAUAAAUAAAUGAGCAUUUGAAAUGAAGUCGCUCAUUCUUGUUUGCAUUAUUCCCUAGGCUUGAUGGUUGGUUAAAAUGAUUGGGAUAUUCCACAUGUACACCUCCCUGCAAUGCCAGUUUAAUUACAGUUCAAUCAUUUCCUUCUAGACCAGGGCCUGUUUGGAAAUAAUACCAAAAUGAGCCGAAUCCUGAAAAAUCACCAUUUUCAUUGUAAAAGGUAAUUUAAAAAAAUUUAAAAACACAACUGAAAGAAACAGUAUUUGCAAAGUUAAACAUUUUAUUUUUAAAUAAAUACACGUUUGUCAUUAGGAAAACUGAUUUAUUUUCUCCUGCUACAAAUUUUGUAGCUUUACAAGGUCCAUUUUAUUUUUUCUAUGAAGCAAAC